CAACGUCUGACGUGAGACUCUUGCAAAGCACGCUUGUCCUCCAGUUUUUCCAGAAUAUAGAUUGCCCUUAACGCCCAGACAGUGGCCGCUCUUGAGAUCAUCCGUUCAUCACGCUCCUACGCCUUGCCUUUUCCAAAAUCGUGCCGUCACUUCACCACCAUGGAUCGCUAUCCUUGCGCAAACCGAUACAAGCACGGCGUUGACUGCCCCGGCUGGGUGAACGUGCACAACGCUCGCUGCGAAGACUGCGUUGUGUACAACCGAUAAGCCAGGACUUUUACGUGAGGUGGCCAAGGGGCGAAAAUACAGACAGAACAAAGGACGAUUUGGGAGUGAGAUGUUGCGACCUCGGAACAAAUCAGGACCAGGGAAACGCCACAUAGGGGGCACCUGGCGUACGGACAAAGAAUGACUGGUUUUUUCCUACUCGGGUUUGGCCGCUUCUUGUCUGCAGCUAUGCCCGGAAUGCGAGGUUUGGCUAACAGCCGACACGUCCACGAUGAAACGCGACGCCCCACUUCGCCCUGUUGCUGGAUCAAGGCCAGCUGUUCCCAAGCUCGUCGCUGCACUGUCUAUCCUGCGUGUUAAUGCCCCCUGAUGAAGAAUGUUUUCCUCCUGCUUGAUUUCUCACUCUUGUAUUGCCUUCUAGAAUACUACAGUCCAAGCGAAGCGGGUGGAUCUGCUGCUCUCGUGGCUGCAGCCCGCUCCGGCAUUGACUCCGGCUCUGGUUCUGCCCUCCCUCUCUUUCAAUUCAUCCGCUGAUCACGCUGUCCCGGCUAUUACACGCCUGCGAAUCCUAUCCCCAGUCAGUCCUUGGCGAUCACAGUCGCCCGCCAGGCCUGCCCUUGUUCUCCCUGCGCUCAGGGUCACGAUGAGAUCUCAGCGACAGAUUCUACCCGCAGGCUCGCCAGCAGCCAGCAGCGCCUCACCAGAACAGGGGUCGACCCCGCAAUCCGCUACCGGAAUCUCCUCAAGUGCUCCUAGACGCCGUCUCCAUACAAAGGUUGCUUGCACCUCAUGUCGUCGGAGGAAAUUAAAGUGCGAUGGCCAGCGUCCCAUGUGCUUACUGUGUGCCAGCACGGGCCGUACAAGGUGUGAGUACGAUGCCGGCCCAGACGUUACUCGCUUUGCCGCUCUCAAAACCAAGCAUGAGGAACUGCAGCGCCGUGUCACCUUCUUCGAAGACCUCUUCCGCCUGCUGUCGAUGCGCUCAGAGGCCGAGUCCGUCGAAAUCAUCGGCCGCAUGCGCAUCGCUAUCAUCGAAACGGAUCUCGAAGACCUCGUUAAGUCCAUCAAGAACGCCGACUUAUUGGUGCAACUGGCCCCCACCCAGUCGGACCAGACACCUCUGGCCUCAGGGGAGCCCAGUGUCGACACGCACCUACCAACCAUGCCCCUGGACGACAUAUUCUCUCUCCUCGAGCUUUUAAAAUCGGCUGUCUCUAAACUCGAUGCCUCGGCCCAGACUGCUUUACUUGAUACGAUUAGACAUGAUAUAGAUUUCUUUACCUCACGCAAAGACGGUCGAUCAGGCUCCGCUCUGCCGAAAUAGUGAAGCCGGAAAGAAUGCUGGACAGAGAGGUACACGCAGAGAUGGACCUAUCACUGGCUAACCAUAGCGAACUCCCCCUCUCUCAGACAGAUUGACGCGCUCUCCUGCAUCCUAUCGCGACCCGUCAACUUCAACACCAUCGCGCCACGGUACCAACGACAAGUUGUUGGAUUUGCCAGCACCAUCUCGGAGGUCUUCACAGUGGUGAAAAGAUCUAAGGGGAAGGCGGGGGUGUUGGGAGGUUUGGGCGCGGACCAAGAGGACCCGGGCGCGGUCGUGGUGGCGGGGUCGGAGGGGCGGAGAGGAGGGGGUGUGUGUGUGAAAACACAAUCGUAGGACGCAGAAAAGGAUUCUUGGUUUCAUAGGCUAGUGUUUUCAUAAUGUGAAAUGUAGGGCAGAUAGUCCUUGGCGAGACUUUUUUAAGGACAGCAUCGUGACUGUUUCUCUGCAGGCUGACUUGAAUUAGGUGUUUAUGAACAGCUAUGUGCA